AUGGCUGGUGGGAAACAAAAGAAGCGAAGUUUGUCAGAGAGUGGUGAGCAGCCAGCUCCUACUCGUAAAAUGCCUAAACGGUCAGCGACUGGUGCAAGGAAAUUUUUUAAGGAGAAGUCUUUUUCCAUAUCCAAUAAAUCAUGUCAUAUUAAAAGAAACCAGGACAAGAUUGCAGGACAAGAGUUUAAAUCUGUCCGUAUGACUGCUGAACAAGACGAUGGCCGUCCAAAUAGAAGAAUUACAAACUUUUUCCUUCAUGAUGAAACUGGUGCAGCGCAGCCACUUGAGAUGCUUGAAAUCAACAAUUUAUUCAUCACUGGACAUAUAUUGCCACUAGAAAGAAGUGAAGACAAGAAAAAAGAGAAAGGUUUUAGAUGUACAAGCUUUGGUCGAAUUGAGUCGUGGAAUAUAUCUGGCUAUGAAGAUGGCUCUCCAGUGAUAUGGAUUUCUACCAAUAUUGCUGAUUACGAUUUGCAGAAACCAGAUGCAAGUUACAAAAAAUGUUACGACCAUUUCUUUGAAAAGGCACGUGCUUCCUUAGAAGCAUACAAAAAACUAGCGAAGUCUUCUGGUGGAGACCCUGAGAUAAGUCUUGACGAGUUACUUGAUGGCAUGGCAAGGUCGAUGAGUGGUAGCAAGUACUUUUCUGGAACUGCGUCUUUAAAGGAGUUCAUUAUUUCCCAGGGCGAGUUUAUUUAUAAGCAGCUUAUUGGUUUAGACACGACGUUGAAGGAAGACGACAAGGAGUUUGAACACAUUCCUGCUCUGAUUGCUCUUAGAGAUGAGAGCAAGAAACAAGCAAACUUUGCAAGCACACACCUGAUGCCAUCAAAUGCGACUUUAAGAAUCAGUUCGGGAAUUAGUCACAAAGAAAAAAAGAAUCAGAUGGAUUCGGUAGAUGAAAAAGAUAAGGAUGCAAAGUUAGCACGACUAUUGAUGGAACAAGAGAACUGGAAUUCUUUGAAGCCGAGGAAAAACCCUGGAUUAUCCACUUCAUCUAAGAAAUUCUAUAUCAAAAUUGACGAAGAUGAGAUCGCCAAGGACUACCCUGUCCAUGCUUAUUACAAAACUUCUCUUCAAGAAGCAGAUGAGUUUAUCGUUUUUGAUAAUGACUAUGAUGUGUAUGAGUAUGACAUUGAAGAUCUUCCUAGAAGCAUGCUGCAUAAUUGGGCUUUAUACAACUCUGAUUAUAGAUUGAUUUCACUAGAACUUCUUCCUAUGAAACCUUGCUCAGAAGAUGUUACAAUUUUAGGAUCGGGUCUAGUGACUGCAGAUGAUGGAAGUGGGUUCCAUCUCGAUACAGAGGAAGGCCAGUCUUCCAGUGCUUCUGGUGCACAGGCCACCCAUGGAAUUCCAAUUUAUCUGAGUGCUAUAAAGGAAUGGAGGAUUGAAUUUGGAUCGUCUAUGGUUUUCAUAUCCAUCCGAACAGAUAUGGCCUGGUAUAGACUUGGAAAACCGUCAAAGCAGUACAGUCCUUGGUAUGACACCGUAUUGAAAACUGUAAGGAUUGCUAUAAGCAUUAUCACAUUGUUAAAGGAGCAGGGCCAUGUAUCGAGACUUUCCUUUGAAGAUGUCAUACAGAAAGUAUCUGAGUAUAAGCAAGACCAUAAGUCGUACAUUUCUUCUGAUCCAGUGGCUGUUGAGAGAUACGUUGUUGUCCACGGACAGAUAAUUCUGCAACUGUUUGCAGAAUUUCCAGACGACAAGAUCAGGAAGUCGACUUUUGUGACCGGUCUUGCAAAAAAAAUGGAAGAACGACACCACACCAAAUGGUUAAUGAAGAAGAAGAAAGUUAUGCCAGCUACAACAACAAAGCUGAUCAAUAGAAUAUGGGGAAAGUAUUACUUGCCAGACGAUGCGGAAGAAGGAACUACUAGUGAAGUAAAGGUUGAUGAUGAAGUUGAUGAACAAGAACAGGAAGAGAAUGAAGAUGAGGAUGCUGAGGAGAAGGAGACGGUACUGUUGGAGGGAACACAAAAUCCGCGCUCAUUUUCCAAAGAAACUAAAGCAUUUUCUGAUGACGGAAAAAUUAGAUGGGAAGGGGGUCCUGAAGGGAAGACCAGUUCCGGAUGCCUUCUUUAUAACCAGGCAAUUAUUCACGGCGAAGUUGUUUCUAUUGGAAUAUCUGUGUCGGUUGAAGUUGAUGAAUCCGAUGAACUUCCUGAUAUAUAUUACAUUGAAUAUAUGUUUGAAUCAAAAAAUGGGAUAAAAAUGUUUCAUGGUAGGAUGAUGCAGCAUGGUUGUCAGACUGUUCUUGGUAACACCGCCAAUGAGAGAGAGGUGUUUUUGACUAAUGAGUGCAGGGAUUUGGGACUUCAGGAUGUUAAGCAGAUAAAUGUUGUAAGUAUCCGAAAAACGCCUUGGGGGCAUCAGUAUCGAAAGGAUAAUAUCAUUUUGGAUAAGCUUGAUAGGGAGAGAGCAGAAGAAAGGAAAAAGAAAGGACUACCUACUGAAUAUUACUGUAAAAGCUUAUACUGGCCGGAAAGAGGUGCUUUCUUCAGAGUUCCAUUUGAUAAGCUGGGUCUAGGGUCUGGCUUCUGUCACUCUUGCAAGUUAGAGGAAGACAAAAAGGAGAAACAGAUUUUCAAAGUAAACCCAUCCAAGUCUAGUUUUGUAUUGGAGGGAACUGAAUAUUCUCUCAACGACUAUGUUUAUGUCAGUCCUUUUGAAUUUGAGCAAAGGAUAAAGAAGGGUCGUAAGAGUAGGAGGAAUGUAGGGUUUAAAGCUUAUGCUGUAUGCCAAGUGCUCGAGAUCAUUGCCAAAAACGAAAGAAAACAAGCGGAAAUAAAAUCUACAGAGCUCAAAGUCAGAAGGUUCUUCCGACCAGAAGAUGUAUCAAGUGAGAAGGCAUACUGCUCCGAUGUACAAGAGGUGUAUUACAGUGAGAAAACAUAUACUAUCUCUGUACGAUCCGUAAAAGGUAGAUGUGAAGUCAGGAAAAAGGUUGACGUCCAUGAAGCAAGUGCCCCUGGAAUCUUCCAUAACGUCUUUUUCUGCGAGCACUUGUAUGAUCCUGCCAAUGGAUCCCUCAAGAAGUUGCCAGCUCAUAUCAAAGUAAUAUAUUCUAGUGGACAUACAGCUGAUGCUGCAGCUAGAAAGAAAAAGGGAAAAUGUAAGAAAGGAGAUAGCAUUUCAGAGCCUGAACUAGUAAAUAGAACAUCAAAUGAAAAAUGUUUAGCAACGUUGGACAUUUUCGCAGGUUGUGGUGGCUUAUCAGAGGGGUUUCGCCAGUCAGGUGUUUCAUCAACUAAAUGGGCUAUUGAAUAUGAAGAACCAGCUGCGAAUGCGUUUAAAGCUAACCAUCCUGAAGCAUUGGUGUUUAUUGACAAUUGCAAUGUUAUUCUUAGGGCUAUAAUGGAGAGAUGUGGUGAUAUAGAUGAUUGCAUUUCAACAACUGAGGCUGCAGAGUUGGCGUCCAAACUUGAUGAGCAUGAGUUGAGUAGUUUACCCUUGCCUGGCCAAGUUGAUUUCAUUAAUGGGGGUCCUCCAUGCCAGGGUUUCUCAGCUAUGAAUAGGUAUGCUACAAGCGCUUGGAGUAAAGUCCAGCGCGAGAUGAUAUUAGCGUUCCUAUCAUUCGCUGAUUAUUUCCGGCCAAGGUAUUUCCUAAUGGAAAAUGUAAGGAACUUCGUUUCAUUUAAUAAAGGAAAGACGUUCCGUUUAACUUUGGCUUCACUUCUUGAGAUGGGUUAUCAGGUGAGGUUUGGUAUCCUUGAGGCUGGAGCUUUUGGAGUUUCACAGUCAAGGAAAAGGGCAUUCAUAUGGGCAGCCGCUCCAGAAGAUGUGCUUCCUGAGUGGCCAGAACCAAUGCAUGUAUUUUCAACCCCCGAGUUGAAAAUAAAAUUGUCUGAAAAUGUCCAGUAUGCUGCCGUCCGCAGUACUGCAAAUGGUGCCCCAUUACGUGCCAUAACUGUUCGAGAUACCAUUGGUGAACUCCCGGCUGUAGGCAAUGGAGCCUCUAAGACAAACAUGGAGUAUCAAAGCGAACCCAUAUCAUGGUUUCAAUUGAAGAUCCGAGGAAAUAUGGCUGUGUUGACUGACCAUAUAUCUAAGAAGAUGAAUCAAUUGAAUUUGAUUCGGUGCCAAAAUAUUCCGAAGAGGCCUGGUAGUGAUUGGCGUGAUCUUCUGGAUGAAAAGAUAAAACUGUCAAAUGGACAACUGGUUGAUUUGAUACCAUGGUGUUUGCCAAACACAGCUAAGAGGAAUAACCAAUGGAAGGGAGCCUUCGGCAGGUUGGAUUGGCAAGGGAAUUUCCCAACUUCCAUUACUGACCCUCAACCCAUGAGGAAGGUUGGAAUGUGCUUCCAUCCUGACCAAGAUCGAAUUCUCACUGUUCGUGAAUUCGCCCGGUCUCAAGGCUUCCCGGAUAGUUAUCAAUUUUUUGGUAGCAUCAUACACAAACACAGACAGAUUGGCAAUGCUGUUCCACCUCCUCUGGCAUUUGCAUUAGGGAGGAAACUCAAGGAAGCAUUAGAACAAUUGUUGGAGUGAUGGUGAAGAUCUCGAACUCUUACAAUUAGGUGUGAGAGCUAUUUGAGAUACCACCAAGGUAGUCUAUCGCGUGCGAUAGCGGCAGGAUCGCGGUGGAGCGGAGCGGUUGCUUGCCGCGUCGGGAUGGCUGGGAGCAGCACAGUUAGCCUUAGCGGCCGCUACAGCCGGGUUAGCGUUGGUGUGGAGCGGAGCGGGUCGUGGGUCAAACCCGCUAUUGCAUCUUCAAUGGAUUUAAGGGCAAUUUUGAAAUUUCUCCUAUCACACUGUAAACACAAAAGAUUUGACAAUUGACAUUGUAAACACAGUAGAUUGAUAAUGUUAUGAUAGAUUGUAGUAACUUACUUUCAUCUUUAUGUUAUGUAACACUAGGGUGUCUUACAUAGGUAGAGAUAAGAACAUGGCAGCCCAUAGUUUGGUAGGAGUGGCUAGAAUUAGGGUUCCAAAAGUUGGUUGGGAAAUGUCCCAAAUAUAACUGCAUCUAUUGUAUGGUCUGAUGCUUUUUCAAUUAAUGCAAUAUUUGUUUCCAGUCGAAACAAAAAACAGUAGCUUUAGCUUAGCAUGCACACACUCCAGUUCAAUGGUAAAAAAGCAAACCUGUAACUGAAUUGUAACUAAUUCAAUCAUAAUCAAUGAAUUCACAUUUCAGAGAGCAAAAAUCUUUCUAUAGUUUCUAAUAUGAUAUCAGUUAGCUAGGCUCGAUCCAUAGCAAAUUCACCAUCACCUACUCCUAUGCCCUUAACCAAUGGCUCCGGCGCUGUUGGUAGUUUGGUUGUUCUUCCACCGCUGCAAACAAAUGCUUCUUCUGACUCCAAAUCUCAGAGUUUUGUUGUUUGCGCUUGAAUCUCGCCACAUUUUGGUGUUGACGCAGAUUGCAUCUUAGCUACGAUUAAUCCUAAGUACAUG